UCGAAACAAUCGGCCAUUUCGACUGCACCGCCGUAGUACCCGAGUGUCACGGCUGCUCAGCAUUGUCCGCCAGAAACAACGCCACCUUGCCCACAGUAGAAGAUGAGUGACGCCGUGGUUUCAUUUGCCAAGGACUUCUUGGCCGGUGGUAUUGCUGCUGCCAUUUCCAAAACAGCUGUUGCCCCCAUCGAGAGAGUCAAGCUUCUUCUUCAGGUACAGCAUGCCAGCAAACAGAUCACCGUGGACAUGCAGUACAAGGGAAUUAUGGACUGUGUGGUCCGCAUUCCUAAGGAACAGGGUUUCCUGUCAUUCUGGAGAGGAAACCUGGCCAACGUCAUCAGAUACUUCCCCACCCAGGCCCUCAACUUCGCCUUCAAAGACAAGUACAAGAAGGUCUUCCUAGAUGGCGUUGACAAGCAUACCCAGUUCUGGCGGUACUUUGCUGGUAACCUGGCCUCCGGCGGUGCUGCUGGUGCCACCUCUCUGUGCUUCGUCUACCCCCUCGACUUCGCCAGAACCAGGCUGGCUGCCGACGUUGGCAAAAGCGGCGCCGAGAGGGAGUUCUCCGGUUUGGGCAACUGUUUGGUGAAAGUGUUCAGGUCUGACGGUUUGAAGGGCCUGUACCAGGGCUUCAAUGUUUCAGUCCAGGGCAUUAUCAUCUACAGGGCUGCCUACUUCGGCAUCUAUGACACCGCUAAAGGUAUGAUGCCAGAUCCCAAGAACACUCACAUCGUAGUAAGCUGGAUGAUCGCUCAGACGGUCACUGCAGUCGCUGGCCUCACGUCCUACCCCUUUGACACCGUUCGUCGUCGUAUGAUGAUGCAGUCCGGCCGCAAAGGAGCUGACAUCAUGUACACCGGCACAAUUGACUGCUGGAAGAAAAUUGCCCGUGAUGAGGGUGGCAAGGCCUUCUUCAAGGGAGCCUGGUCUAAUGUUCUCAGAGGCAUGGGUGGUGCCUUUGUGUUGGUCUUGUAUGACGAACUCAAGAAGGUCAUGUAAAACCGUUUUGUAUGUCCGCCAUUAAUGUUGUCGAAUGGUGUUAACUGUAACAUAUCUUGUACAUUUGGAAGGACUGUCAAAAUUCCGCCUUAUUUAUAGGGACCAACUAGUGUUCACUACUAGUUGCACAGGGGGAAUGUCAUGUAUUUUUCUUUUGCCCUACUUUCGGUCGGUUUUCUUCCAUCAGAAUGUCAUUCCCACAACCCUUUUGGGAACAAAAGCGUCUACCUUUCAUCCUGCCAGUCUGUUUUAGUCCAUACUUUAAUAAAUUUACCCUUCUGAUUGAACCUA